GUGCCUAUAUAAAUCAAUCAGCCCAUUUCUAUCUACAACCACACACAUUGAAGAAAGCAUUUUUGCUACUGUGAUGCAAUCAGAUUCAGCGAGUAUGGGUUUUAGAUGCCUUGGAUUUCUGCUCUUGUUAUUCUUCACAAAGGCAAAUGCCAGUGUUGGGCAUUUUUCCACAAGUCUGAAAAAUGAAUUCUCUGUCUCAUGGGGUGCAGAUCAUGUGAAUUUCCUCAGAGGUGGCCAGGAGCUGCAGCUUAAGCUUGAUCAAAACUCUGGCUCAGGCUUCACUUCCAAGAAGAAGUACCUGUUUGGGAGCAUCUCCAUGCAAAUCAAGCUGGUUCCAGGAGAUUCAGCAGGCACUGUAACUGCUUACUAUUUGUCUUCUGAGGGAAUGAACCAUGAUGAAUUGGACUUUGAGUUUCUUGGAAACAAAUCAGGAGAGCCUUAUGUUCUUCAGACAAAUGUGUAUGCAAGUGGGAAAGGUGACAGAGAACAGAGGAUUUACCUCUGGUUUGAUCCCACCAAAGAUUUUCACUCCUAUGGUGUACUCUGGACUCCUCAACACAUCUUGUUCAUGGUGGAUGGUGUGCCCAUCAGAGUGUUCAAGAAUAACAAGGCAGCUGGUGUUCCAUAUCCAGAGAGACAGGCCAUGGGAGUAUAUUCAAGCUUAUGGAAUGGGGAUAGCUGGGCAACUCAGGGGGGUCUUGUUAAGAUAGAUUGGUCACAUGCUCCCUUUGUUGCAGCCUACCGCAAUUUCCAAGCACAUAAUUCAUUCAAUGGAAGAUAUCAGACAGAUAUGCUGAGUCCUGCUGAGAAGAAGAAAUUGUGGUGGGUGAAGAAAAACUACAUGAUAUAUGACUAUUGCAAUGACAAACAAAGAUAUCCAGUCUCUCCCCCAGAAUGCACCAUAAACCCAUGAAUUGCUUGUGGCAUAGUUUAGAGCUAUGAAACAGCAGUGUAUGUGUAUAUAAAUUAAUAAACUGUUUCCAUUUUUCA